AUAGCUGUUAAAAAGUACUUCAAAGAAAGAAGUGGGGGAUAUAUUAUUUGUGAAAAGGAGGGCUGCUCAUUACAUUUAGACCAAGUUCUCUGAUGUGCAAUGGGCAGGAUUGUCUCAGUGAGGACAGCACAAGUUUCACAGCAAGAACUAUUCAUAGAAAUAAAGAAGAGAGAAUGCUGAGGAGUGUGGGCAGAGGGCUGUGGAACUAUCGCAGCCUUAUCUUCAUCAUCCUCACGCCACUGCUGCUGCUUCCUCUUCCACUGGUCAUCAGAACAAAGGUAGCAGAAUGUGCCUUUGUGUUGCUACUCAUGGCUGUGUUCUGGGUGACAGAGGUGAUUCCUUUGUCUAUGACCGCCAUGCUCCCUGCCCUCCUCUUCCCCAUGUUCGGCAUUAUGAAGUCAUCCAAUGUGGCAAAAGAGUACUUCAAAGAUUUCCACUUCUUGUUAGUGGGGGUCAUCUGCCUGGCUACAUCCAUUGAGAAGUGGGGUCUUCACCGGAGAAUAGCCUUGAGACUUGUCUCCAUGGUGGGAGUCAACCCUGCAUGGCUGAUGUUGGGCUUCAUGUCUGGCUGUGCCUUCCUUUCCAUGUGGGUUCAAAACACCUCGGCAGUUACCAUGGUGAUGCCCAUUGUAGAGGCUGUGCUCCAGCAGAUCCUGAAGGCCAAGGAGUUGGGAUGUAAUGGCAACGUCAACCCUGACCUGCAGCUGUAUGAAACUGACAUGAAAAUCGAAUCAAUAAAGAAAAUUGCAAGCGAUGAGAAGAAACCUGACGCUCCAGCAGAAAACUUCACAUGUGUUGAGAUUCAAAAACCGCCCCAGUCUGACUCAGCUCAACCCCAGUCUGACCAGUCUGACCCAGCUCAACCCCAGUCUGACCAGUCUGACCCCGCUCAACCCCAGUCUGACCAGUCUGACCCAGCUCAGGCUGCAGCGUGUGUCCCAGCUGUUGUCAGCAGGAGUCAGCAGGACCUAAUGAUGUGCAAAGCAAUGUGCAUCGGUAUUGCCUACUCAUCCAACAUUGGUGGUAUCACCACACUGCCAGGAACCUCUCCAAACCUCAUCUUCUCUGAGUAUCUCAAUCAGAUUUACCCAGAAUGCAACUGCAUCAACUUUGGGAACUGGCUCCUGAUGUGCCUUCCUAUCAGUGUCAUCAUGCUCCUGCUCACAUGGAUCUGGCUGUACUGGUUGUUCCUCGGCUCAGACUUCACGUUCCUGUGGCAGUGUGAUGGAGUGCAGUCUGGGAAAGAGAAAGCAGCAAGAAAAGUUAUAGAGGAAGAAUACAAGUCAUUGGGAGCAAUCAGGCCUCAGGAGAUCUUCACUGGCAUGGUUUUCCUGCUGAUGGUGGUGUUGUGGUUAACCAGAUCUCCAGGUUUCAUGCCUGGCUGGGCUUCUCUCUUCCCUCAUCACUCAGGCUACAUCACAGAUGCUACUGUGGCCCUGCUGCUGGGUUUCUUGUUUUUUAUCGUCCCUGCCCAUGGACCUGACAAGAAAUAUGAGGCCAUGAUCUCCUGGGACGAAUUUCAAGCCUUGAUGCCAUGGAAGGUUGCCCUGCUGGUUGGUGGAGGAUUUGCACUUGCCGAAGGAGCAAAGGAGUCAGGUAUGUCCCUAUGGGUGGCUAAACUGCUGAUGCCUCUGGGUGAUAUGCCAGUCUUGGCAACUGUCACAGUUGCCUGCAUCAUUGUAACCACGCUGACAGAGGUGACCAGCAAUGCUGCGACCAUCACCAUCUUCCUCCCCAUUCUCUCUCCUCUGGCAGAGGCCAUCCACGUUAACCCAUUAUAUGUCCUCAUCCCUACCACACUGUGCACAUCCUUUUCCUUUCUGCUGCCAGUGUCCAAUCCACCCAAUGCUGUUGUAUUUUCCUAUGGUCACAUCACUAUCAUGGACAUGGUGAAGGCAGGUCUUGGUGUCAAUGUGAUUGGACUUCUAGCAGUCCUGUUGGCAGUGGCAACAUGGGGGGUUCCGCUCUUCUCUCUUGACACAUACCCUGACUGGGCACCAGUUCUUCCAGGCUUUAACUCCACAAUACCUUAAUAGGAGGUUCACCACAGUUUUUUGUGCAAGUUAAGCUGUUCCACGCAAACAGAAAGGAAGCUUUAAAACUGUAUUUUUCUAUUUUAAGAUUCUUCAAACUGUUUCAUGAAAAACUGUUUCCUCUUCUUGCCGAUUUCUUCUAAAUACAAAAACCAGGUUUCAAAUCUUUAUUAUGAAAAGGUUAUCUGAACCAACCUGGUUUUAGGUUAAAAAAUGCACAUAAUAGUUUGUGUUGCUUUUUAUGUAUAAAUUUGCUCCUUUAAAUAAAAACAGUUUGAUGUCAAUAUGUUCUCAUUUCCUUUGUGAUGAGCAGAACUUUUUCUAAUAAAAAAGCAACUAAAGUAAAAUUGUAAUAAGGUACUUGUUACUUUUAAUACUAGUAACUUUAUGUGCAUUUAUGUGCAAUUUUUUAUAUAAAUAACUUCAGCAUCACUAUCUUUUCUUUUGAAAAAAUUAGCAAUCAUUUCCUGCACUUUUUUCAUGUUUUGACAUUGCUUGAAUUACAAAUUCACUGUCCUGCGGUGUUUUCCCAGUUACCAUUUUUAGAUUUUAAAAUAAAAAGGUGUUUAUUGUUUGUCCUGUC